GAUUGAAAAUAAAUAAGUGUCGAAUAAUCAGAAAAUUGUCUACAUUAGAAGGCUACAGUGAGAACAAUGGACCUUGCAUUCCUAAUAUGAAAUCUACCAUCCAUUGUACUAACUAUACUAUUAAGGCAUCUUAAUAGGUAUCUCUAACAUUAGUCGACUUUUGGACACGAGGGAUGGUGCCAAAACGGCAAAACUAAUACACAUAAUAAAGGACUUAGAAGAUCGUCCCUUCUCCAAGUGGAGGACUGUGUUAUAUGCAUAUAUAUUUUUCUAAAUAGGAAUUAGGAGACACUGAGAUAUCAACUUACGUACGACUGGGAGGAUUAGGAGAGCCGGCCUUAACUGAAAAUCACCAAGCUCUACGCUCACCAACCACUAAGAUUGGCCGGCUAAUAACUUCACUUCAAAACCCUCUAAUGAGCAGCUUAUUUUUGCUCAUCGAAUACGAGCCAAUACACAAAAGCUACAAGUAAAUGGCUACUGAAGCAAUGAAAGUAUUGAGAAAGCAAGCCAAGAACACUGAGAAGAGAUGUUCAAGCUCAAGCUCCAUAGUAGGAGGACACUCCAACGAUCCACAUCAAGCUCAUUUACUGUGCGCAAACCAAUUCUGCCAGUGUGAAUCUCUGUCAUUGAGUAGCAAGCUCACAUAUAAUCCUGCUCCAUCGAGUUCAAUAGCUCCAACCCAGCAGCAUUCGGAGCAUCUGCAGCAGUCAUUUCUUGCUUCAUCGUCCACAAAUCAUCAGACUUCAAGAAUGAAAGUGAAAUCCCAACACAAAGAGGGGAUUGUAUCUUGGCAGUCAUCCAAAAUGCGCAGGGCCACUAGACGAAUAAAGGUAAUCAGUUUAUUUAAAAGGUUGAAUGAUGGAACAAAGCGAAGCAACUUUCUGAGGGGCAAUUGUCAAGACAAAUCAAGGGAAGAAAAUGAUCAUACCAGCCAGGACAAAGUAUUUCACUUCGGCAUAAAUUCUGUUGAAUUGAAUAGCAGAGCCCAAUGGAGCCUCUAUACAGAUAACUGCUACUUGAACCAAAAUCUCAGCAACAAGUACCGACCACAGCAUCUCAAGGACAUUGCAGGCCAUGAAAUGGUUAUUAAGGCCAUAACCAAUGCAAUUCAGCAGAAUAAGAUUGCACCGCUUUAUCUUUUCUAUGGUGCAAGAGGCUCCGGGAAGACAUCUAUUGCUAGAAUAUUAGCAUUGGCCUUGAACUGUGGAUCCAGCUCAUUUAUCAAACCGUGCUGGAAAUGCCAAGGAUGCUCCAGAAGCCUUUCUAUUAUGGAGUUGUGUUCUGGAAGUACAGUUGCUGGAUUCAAAAGGAUUAGGAAACUCCUUCAAAGUAUAUCAUCUUUGCAAGCAACACCAGGAUUUAAGGUAUUUAUCCUUGAAGAGUGCGAAUCGUUUAGUACAGAAGCAUGGGACGAACUUUCAGGCAUAGCAAAUGGAGCUUACAAUGCUGGUGUGGUAUUCAUCCUUAUCACUACAAAUGCAGACAUGGUGCCUAGAACCAUAUCAUCAAGAUGUCAGAAAUUCUUCUUUCCCAAACUCAGAGACAGUGAUAUCAUGCUCAAGUUGACUAGAAUUGCAGCCCAAGAGGGUAUAAGGAUUGAAAAAGAAGCAAUCAGACUGGUUACUACCAAAGCACAAGGAUCUUUGCGAGAAGCUGAAAACAUAUUAGACCAGCUGAUAUUACUGGGGCCAAAGAUAACAAGUUCCAUGGCACAACAGCUUGUAGGUCUUGUUCCACAUGAUAAGCUCACUGAAUUGCUCACAAUGGCACUUUCCGGAGACACUAUGCAAACCCUGAGAUGUGCAAGGCAGCUGAUUGGAACUGGUAUUGAACCACAAAUGUUUGUAUCACAAUUGGUUUCGCACAUCACCAACAUGCUUUUCAGUGAGGCUGAUGCUGUUCCUGAAACCUCUUCUUCUACUCACUUAUCUACAGAUAAGGAACUUCUGCAAGGAGGAUCAGAGCACAAAAAUAAUCAAUCAGUGGCACUGUGUUGUGCCUUACAAAUAUUAGCUGCAGUAGAGAAGCAACCCAGGUCUUCAACUGACCAAACCUUGCAGAUAUUUAAUGCUCUUUUACAAAUUGCUUCUAGAGAUGCUUCCAGCAAAAGAUCUUCUGGACCUGUCCUAUCCCCAGGUGCGUUCAAGUGCAUCAUCCUCAGACAUGCAAUUUCUAGCUGGGAACAAAAAUCAGUUUCAUUAAUUGAGUUGAAGUUGGCACAACUUAUACCAGUUUUGUCUGCAGUAGCAGAUUACAAGUCCAAUGCAGAAAUGGAGUUGCAUAGCCUAACCCACAGCAGGUACUUGGUGAACCACAUUGCCAUCAGCAACACUGCUGAGCAACAAGAGAUGGACAAUACGAAACAAAAGUCUACCAUCAAAAGCAUUACGAAACAGACAAAUUGCAGAGACAAGGCAGUUGAUGGAGAGACCCACUUUACUUGCACCAGUGAAAUGGAAGAAAUUUGGCUAAACAUGUUGGGCAGGAUGCAUAGUUCAUAUUUGAAAGACUUUUUGCGCCACAAAGUGAAGCUUGCAUCAUUAACUAUAACUAGUGCCAAUGCAAUUUUGCAUUUGAUGUUCAAAAGACCAGAAGACAAGCAGAUCGCUCAGAUGUCUGAAGAACACCUAUCGGAGACUCUAGAGAGCGCUAUAGGAUGCCCAAUUAUUCUAAAUAUGAGCCUAGAGCCUGUGGACUUGAAAAUCUCAGACGAAAACUCGGCCUCCAGUUAUCAGACACAGCUAGUAGAGAGCAGUCAUUUUAACCAUGGAACAAAAUUUGUUCCUGAACCUGUUUAUGAAGUAGAUCUUGGAGCUGCAAUGCAACACAGUGGUCAGAUGAAAACCUUCUCCUUAAACAGAGAGCAAGUUAAGGCCAACAAAGCUGAUGGCUGCAAACUGAUAUCUAAAAGGCAAGACAAAUACAGUACAAGCAUAAAGGAGGAAACCAUUGCUCAGCCACAGGAGACAACACCCUUCAAUGAUCUUUUAAGACAAAAGAACCAAGAGGAUGCAUCUAUUGAUUCGAUAACAGAUUGUUUGAGUUCUCUGAUGGACACAACUCGUACAAUGAGGACACAAAGGCCCCAGAAGAAGUGGUUGUCUGUAUCCUCUGCUCAACGAAGUGACGCAAGCAUUGAACCAUACAGUCAAGAUAUAUCGUUUGACAAUGCAAAGACAAAGAUAAAGAGAAGAGCAAAAUCCCAAAAGCUUCCAAAAGCAUUCUUUAAGGUUAAAGAACUUCAUGAUUCUCAAGAUGGUCCAAGAAACAGAGGCCUGCACUGCAGCUGGAGUUGCAAGGAUAUAUGCUGUCAGCAAAAACAAAAAAUCACAUAGCAUGAUCAUCAAUCAUGCAUUUAUCACUUCUACAGGUGAGAGGUUGAAAAUCAGUACACUACAACCCAAGUCCUCAUUCCGUAGAUUAAAUAACGUUAAUACUUGUAUGAUUUCUUAGUGUUCUACAAAGGCUAUGGUUCAACAUAGCAUAUAAGUAGUGCAUAAAAUUUCAAUAAUUUGUCUCUAUACUAGAUAUAGAGAACAACUUUGAUGGAACCCUAUCCAUGAAUACUUGUUAUUGUAUAAAUGUCAAGUUCCUAUAUGUUGAACAUGCAUUUUCACAAGUAUGGUUCAGUAUAUUUUCCCACCAUAAUCUUCAUUGUAACUCGUCAGAUUUCAAUUAUGGAAUCAAAACCUGCCAAAUUCAGAGUGUAAUAUAUAUAUAUACUCGUAUCGUAUGGACCAACUUGUCAAAACAAAGCAUCAUCCAUAAAUUGGUAAGAAAUAUCAACUCCAAGACUUUCACUCCCUCAAAAGUUCCUUAUCCACAUGAUUAGGGAAGAACAAAGGUAGUUCAUGGUUCUUCCUGAUUUAUUAUAUCACUGCUAUGGGUGAUCAAGACCAUUCAAGUCUCACUUUUGUUUCAUAACACAGUUCCAUUGCUCAUCAGUUUCAGGCAACCUCUUCAACAAAUUCCAGCAAAUAAAGAAGGUUCUAGAUCCAAACAUCGCUUAGAUUACACUAACCAAGGGCAUGAUAAUAAAUAAAAAAUUGGAAGAAGCAAAUAUAAUAUUACUGUAAAAAUAUUGUUCUGUAGAUGCUAGAAGCUGAAUUAAGAACUUUCUCCCAGUCCACUUAAGAGGUAAAAAAGAAUACAAAGUCCAUAUGCCUUGUU